AAAUCCUGGUGGGGUCCCUCAGCCAGUGGUGAGCGGAAGGUGACGUGACCACAUUUCGCAAGGGAGAGCCAUCCACUGAAGCAAAAAAAGCAUCUCUCCAGGCUUCCGCAGCUGAGCUUUUAUCCAUGACGACGCGAUUACCGAUGGUAACAGUGGAGCGCGCUAGACGAUGGAUGGCAGCGGCUGCAGGGUCCCGGAUCGCCCAACUGGUCACUGGAUGGCAGUUGGCUAGGUGUCGUUCCAGCCUCUCCUUCCGUAGCAGGGGAAUACUCGUUGACAGACACGGAAUACCCAAACCAAAGCUCGCAAUGGGAGCGUGAAGAUAUGCAAUGGAGGUGUCUGACG